AAUAAUGCGAGCGACACUGUGGCUGGUGACAUUCUGGAUGGCAAUGGUCUCAGCCAAGUCUAAACAGCACUCCAGGGUAGAUCGCAUGUGGCGCGUGCAGAAGAAAUCAUGCGAAUCCAACGAGUGCCGCCACUUGGACCUGAUGACCAACAUGAAUUGCGUGCACGAAUGCAUUUCCCCGACGUGUUUCACUGAAGUUUAUGCGUCUGAACCGCUCGAAGAUGGCGAAAUCGACGAGUACCGCUACAACAAGUUCCUCACGUGCGUUCGCAACGAUUACCGUUUGCGAGCACGGCGACCGUCCAAAGACGAGCUAUAAUAGAACCGUCGUGUCGUUCAAUGUAGCUACUAGCAAUCCAGUUUUUUGCACAAUCAACACUGCUUAGGAUAAACAAACCCUUAUACUACC